GACCGAAACGCGUUCUGAGUUUUGAAUAACGCAUUGCUGCGUUUGUUGGAUGUAAUAUUGACGGAUUUUCUGUUUUAAUCUGAAGAAUUCCGCCGCUAAUGUCAAAUUUUACCAAAAUAAACACAGUUUUAUUGUUUUGGUGAGUGUUUAAUCGGUAUUUUAAGAUAAACAAGAAUAAGUGCGGGCUAUGACAAUGUAAUGCGUUUAUUUUUGCACUUCGUUAAUUUCUGCGAUGUUAAUCUCGGAGAUUUCGAAUGGUAGUGGUUGUGGUAAAGACGCUCAAUUAACAUGGAUCAAUCAUACACAAUCAAAACUGAUGUGCAGAAUAAUGGAGAAAUUCUCUUAUUUUACGUUGAUGAAAAUGGAGCAAAUGAGGAAGGGGUGCUCACAACAAUACAAAACAUUGAAGAAGGUCAGCUGGAACAACUUUCACAGAACUUCAUCAUUGAGGAGGCUGAAGUGAGCAAUGAAGAUGAAUUAACUGUUGCUGUAGAACAAGGUGUCAUUAAAGAACGUUGGCUUGAUGAAGAAAUCAGAAGACUCUUAAUAUUCUACAUUGACAAUAAAGAUAACUUCCAAAAUGGUAUAACAAGGAAAAAGCAUCUAUGGACUGUUGCAUGCAAAACCAUGUUAACAGGCAAACAUCCUAAUGCUUGUGAAUUGAAACUUAGAAACAUGAAACGAAAGUACGCUUUGCUACGUAUGGAUCAGAUAAAAAACAAAAGCCGUGAUUAUAAAAGGUGGGCGUAUUACGAUUUGUGUCAUCAAGCAUUUCAUGAUGACAGUUUGGUCAAGACCGUGAUUGACGAGAAUUCAAUAGGUCGAGUUAAUACGUCUUCAAUUCAGCCAGAUGAGGUAGUAACGACAUAUACAAAGAAAUCUCGCGCUGGUGACAAAAAAGUGGAACAAAUGCUCACAUCUUACUUGGUUCAUAAAAGACGUUCUCCGAAAGAUCAUUUGUGGCAAAAAAACUUCUGGAUAAAGAUUGCAAUUGAAUUAGGAGAAGAUGCUGACUAUUGGCAUAAAAGAUUUCUGAAUUUUAAGCAACAUUAUAUUCGUAUGACUGAAAAACGUAAAGAGUCAGGUGAAGAAAGUAUUAAUUGGCCAUAUAUGAGUAUAUUUGAUGAUAUAUUUGGCGAUGAUGAAGAAUUUCAACAACGAUAUUGUUUAAAGCAAGUGAAAGAUCAGAAUAGUCAAUUACUUACACCGGUUAAUGUCCAACUGAAUACACCAGUGCUAGUUUUAGACUGGAAUGAUACAGAAAAAACUGUCCUUGUCAAAUAUUUUUUUGAUUGUUAUGACGAGUUUCAAGAUCGGACUAUUCCAAACAGUGUUUUGUGGAACGAAGUUGGGAGGCUGUUGGAUAAGAAUCCUGACGACUGUAAACAAAAGUAUCAUGACCUCCGAGAUGAACAUUUACAUUUGUAUUUAGAUGGAGGAUAUGAUUUACGGACUAGAAAACCGAUAGCAAUUUUGUUUGACAACAUUAUUUCUAAGGAAACAGAACAACAGCUAUCCAAAGAUUAUGUCAGUUUUGAACCCUUGGAAACAGAAAAUAUUGAUAUUUUGGUGAAUUUUUUCUAUGACAACAUUGAGAUCUUUAAAGAUGCUAUCUGUCAUUUUGUUUGUUAUGCUGCGAUUGCAAAGAAAUUGAGCAUGAGUGUCCAAAAUUGUAGGCGACAAUGGGAAGAUCUUGUGACUUUAUACAAGAGCAUUUUAGAGUACAAAAAAGAAGAUUCUGAUUCGCAGAUUGAUUGGAGAUAUAUUGAAAUUUUUGAUCGGGUAUUUGAUUAUGGCAUGGAUACCAAAUUGCUUGAAGGCUACGAGAAACCUGUAGAUGAUGUUAAUAAAAAAGGGCAGAAAGCUGCCUCUGUGAAAAAAGCAUCUGAUAAUAUGGAAGAUCUAUCAGACAAUGUAAGUGAUGACGAAGACUAUGACCCCGAUAAAGCUUCAGGUAAACGAUCUCGGGGCACUGGAGACCCAAAACAGAUCAAAAUAUUAGAGUACUACAUGAAGAACAAAGAUAAGUUUUCUACAACACUGAGGAGGAAACAAUUCUUGUGGGAUGUACUAGCUAAACAAAUUGGGAUAUCAGCAGAACAAUGUGCUCAUAGAUUUAGAAACUUAAAACAAGUAUAUGUUGCAUAUAUUCAAAGAGAAAUUGAUAAGCCGGAUAAACCAAUUUUAUGGCCUUACUAUGCACUUUGCAAAAAAGUGUUUGGUUAUCGGGCUAUUAAAAAUAAACUUAAAACUGGUAAAUUAGAGUCCGACGACAGUGAAGACUGGGUACCCAAAGAAAUUAAACAGAUAAUUAAUCAUUUUGCUAACCAUUUCCAAAGUAUAACAAAUAAUACUGAUGAUGCUUCAAAUUGGGCAUCCCUGGCUGAAGAAAUGGGAAAAUCGAAGACAGCAUGUAGAGACAAAUUCUUAGACUUGAGAAAAUCGUACAGAAAAAUCAAAACAAUGAUUACUAAGAACCCUGAGUGUAAGGUGAAUUGGAAGUAUUUCAAAAUGUUCGAAGAGAUUUAUAAUAAGCAAUCUGGGGAACCAAUGGAGGUUGAUCAGGAUGUGUCUUUUGAUCAGAUCACUGAGAAUAUCAAAAGCGAGUUACAGGAAGAUGAAGAUUUCCAAUGCAUAAUCGUCAUACCAGAAGGAGAAGAACUUACGGACAUCGGCAACGCACGUAUUAUAAUAAAAGACAACCAAGAUGCCAAAAUAGAAGAACGUAAAAAACUUCCAAUAUGGAAAAUGAAAAGUAAAAAACAGUUAAUAAAACAUGUGUACGAUUAUGUUAAAAGUCAGGAAGGAAAACUAAUAGAUACAAAAGAAAUGUGGAAUGAGAUUGGAUCUAAGUUUCCAGAGUCCACACCUAGAGCAUGUAAAAAUAUGUAUAUAAGACUUAAAAAUAGAUAUAAAGAGCAGGACGCUGAAAGUAAACGGCAGUAUCAGUAUGCUCCACUGUUGAAGAAAAUCUUAGCUCUAAAACCUAAAUAUGUAAGGCCGCCUUACAAUGAUGACGAAGUGAUUCUCAAAGAGCGUUCUACAUAUACUGAUAUAUCUCUACCUUUAUGGAAGGUAGAAAAGGCAUUGCAGUAUUAUUCAGAACACUUAGAAGAAUUCCUUCAUCCGAAAUAUGACCAUAAGUACGCAUGGAUAGAAUUAGGAAAAUUGGCUUCGUUAAAUGCUCCAAAAUUAUUCAGAAAGAUUAAUUAUUUAAAACAGUUCUUCAAUAGUGAAAAUAAUGAAGUAAAUGGCGAGAAGUUUGAAUUUGGCGAUUUAUUAAAAACUAUACUUGAAAAAGAAUUCAUUAUGAAAAUUGCUAUUGCUAACGAGCCAAAACCAAUUACUGAUGAAGAAGAAUCGACUACUCCUUGGACAGACGAGGAAGUUGAACAACUAUUAAUCUGGUAUUUAGAAAACUUGGACAAGUUUAAGAACCCAAAAUUUGUUCCAAGUUACCUGUGGAUGGAAGCGUCAAAUGUUUUGAACAAGAGCGCAGUGACUUGUUCUAAGAAAAUGACAGAAAUAAGAAGUCAAUACAGCACUAUGGUGAAGGAAAAUCCAGAUGCAUUGUCAAAUUGGAAAUUUCAUGAAUUGUGUCAGAAAAUCUAUGGUACGGGGAAAAAAAGUAGUCAAAUAAAUGGAGAAUGAUGGAAUGAUUUAUGGCCUGGGCUGCAUUUCGUGGCGUUUAACUUAAAACAUUGGUCGAAUUGACAACGGUUAGGCUCUUUUUACAUUGCUGCGGAACGGAAUGGAAGCAAAGUUUUGUAACCAUGGUAAAAUUAACUCUAUGCCAAUAGUUUAACUUAAAAACUGAUACGAGCCAAUAACCUGGUCGGGCGUCUGGUGGAGAAUUCCCGCAGCUACCGUAUCGUAUCUAAUUUGUGGGUUACGUAAUUGUCCUAAAGCUCUAUGUGUGCGACCGUAAACGCGCGUGGCGGUCGCGUAUAUAUACAAGCGGUGCUGUUGCUUUGUACGGAGUUACCAUACU